GGAUGCACAACCUCCUGUGCGUUGUCGACGACGAGACUCAACUCGAUGGACCACGACGAUAAGUUCGUGACGCGAGUGCGCAAACGAUCGUGCGAAAUGAUCGACGUGCAGCAGCAACGGUGCUCGAUCGCAGCUACCACCAGCCUCGUCGUCGUCGUCGUCGUCGAGUGAAAUGAAAUCUAGAAUCGUUUCGAGAUAGGAGACCAUGGCAGAAAGCGAAGAUACGCAGUCGCUGUUGCUACGUCGCCUGAUGGUCUUCGGCGGAGGUCAUCAUUAUACCGAGGCCGAUCAUCGCAGCAACCUCCUCAAGGACUAUCCGCCCUGGCUGCUGACGUUCGCCGCGGCCUGCUGCGUCCUGUUCAUGCUCAUAGGCAUACCGGGCAAUCUUCUCACGCUGUUCGCUCUCUUCCGCACGAAAAAGUUCAAAAACGCGACCGCCGUCUUCAUCAUGAAUCUAUCACUGUCCGACCUGAUGUUCUGCUGCGUGGUCCUGCCGCUCGCGGCCUCGAUGUUCUGGCACGGGGUCUGGCUGCACGGCGCCUUCUUCUGCCAGCUCUUCCCCUUUCUGCGCUACGCCCUCGUCGCUGUAAGCCUGUUCACCGUACUGUCCAUCACCAUCAAUCGCUACGUCAUGAUCGGCCAUCCGAGACUGUAUCCCAAAAUCUACACGCCGAGAAAUCUGCUCUGCAUGGUACUGUCCACGUGGGUGGGUGGCUUCGGCGCCCUGCUGCCCACCACCUUUGGCGUCUGGGGCCGCUUCGGCCUCGAUCCUGCGAUCGGCAGCUGCUCGAUCCUGCCCGACGCCAACGGGCGCACGCCCAAGAUCAGUCUGUUCGUGCUGGCCUUCGUGGCGCCCUGCCUGUCCAUCGUCGUCUGUUACGCGCGCAUCUUCCACAUAGUGCGACGCACCGCCCUCAAGAGCCGUCGUCGAGACGCUGAACAACAGCAGCAGCAGCAACGUCGAGAUGCAACCGUACCCCCGGCGGUGAUCGCCAAAACUGAAUUAGCGACGGAAAAAACAAUUACGCUGGCCAGGAGUAGGAGAAAGAGCGGCUCGGCGCUGAGCUGCCAGCUAACGACGGCGAGCCACACCCACGACACGGCCCAGACCACGACGUCGCUGUGCUGCGAGGCGACCUCGGCCCAGUCGUGCCCGCCCAAGAUCGAGACCCGACGCUUCUCCCUGGCGAGGCUCGUGGGCAGUCUUCAACAACAAGGGACGAUGACAACGAGCAACAGCAACUACCUGGAGGCCACGACGACCAGUACGCACGAGACUGCCUCGGCGGCCUCCUCCAGCUGCGACGUCGUGCUACCCGAGCUCAGGAUUCAGGACAAUGAUAAUUUCACCAAGAGUCUGCAGGAUUUUCCGUACAUUGACGUGCCGCAGCAGUCACAGCAGCAACAACAACACUUACAGUCGAGAAACGAUUCAGGCCUGAUAUUGGACUCGAGCUCAUUGCCGGCGGCCGUCGAUCUGAGCUCGAGAUUUCUCAGUCCACCGAUCACUUACAGAUACGAGGACACGUCGGACGACUGCGCGAGCUCGCGCUCGGACUCGCCCUCGGCCUCGGAUCGUCCGUCGCAUCGACGCUUCAGCAGCGCGAGCAGCUACAACAACCCUUACAAUGGGGGCGGUGGUGGUGGAGCAGGAGGAGAAGAUCCGAAUCACACCAACGAUAUCCGCACAGCUGACGACAAAAAACCAGCGGCGGUAAUCAUCUCGAUCGCCGGCGUCGAUCAUCAUCAUCGUCACAAUCAUCAUCACCAUCAUCAUAAUCAUCGCAAUCGUCGUCAUCACAAACGACGUCGAUCGAGAUUUCCGAGUUUUCGCCGAGGGCACAACAACAACAACAACAACCACGACGGCACCGGAAGAAUGACGGCCAAGGACAAGAAGCUGCUGAAAAUGAUCCUGGUGAUAUUCGCGGCCUUCCUCGUCUGCUACCUGCCCAUCACCAUCAGCAAGACCUUCAAGCUCAACAUACUCGAGUGGCGGGGCCUCAACAUCGCCGGCUACAUACUCAUCUACCUCACUACCUGCAUCAAUCCGGUGAUCUACGUGGUGAUGAGCUCCGAGUAUCGCCACGCCUACAAGAACAUGCUGCUCUGCAGGAUCAAGGAUCAUCGCGAUAAUUCGCGCGGAGAGAAGCAGCAGCAACGACGAAGGAGACGGAGACAGGCGGCGGCACACAGACACAGUGCGAGAAAGUGAUUAUU